CCCAGCCAGCCCACAUUUCUUUAGUUUCUCCUGUCUGCCUGGCCCUGGGCCCAGUCUUGUGGGAGGGGUGCACGCUGCAGAGGGGGCUGGACCAUGCCUGGGCUGGCGUGGCGAGUGCUGACCCAGACGUGCUCCAGGACAUCACAAGAACUCUGACACAUGCAUAUCUUUGCAGGCAUGAGCGCGGCCUCUGUGACUCUGGCCAGUGCCCUGCAGGUCCGGGGUGAAGUUCUGUCUGAAGAGGAAAUCUGGUCCCUCUUGUCCCUGGCUGCUGAGAGGCUCCUAGAAGACCUUCGUGUUGAUUCCUCGGACUAUGUGGUCUGCCCCUGGUCAGCCUUGCUUUCUGCGGCUGGAAGUCUUUCCUUCCAGGACCAUAUUUCUCAUAUAGAGGCUACUCCUUUCAAGGCCCCUGAACUGCUACAGGGACAGAGCGACGAUGAGCGACCUGAUGCAUCUCAGAUGCACGUCUAUUCUCUGGGAAUGACCCUCUACUGGUCAGCAGGGUUUCAUGUUCCACCAAAUCAGCCCCUGCAGCUCCGAGAGCCUCUCCACUCCAUUCUGCUGACCAUGUGCGAGGACCAGCCCAGCCGGCGGCUGCCGCUGCAGUCGAUCCUGGAAGCUUGUCGGAUUCAUUGGGAAGAAGUGGCAGUGGACUCUGCCUCCGCCAGUCUCCACGUCAGACAGCUGGUCGGCUUGGUCCUGGGCACCAUCUCUGAGGUGGAGAGGAGGGCUGUGGAAGAAAGCUCAUCGGGGCAGCAGGAUAGAAGCUAUCUGCUCAGGAACAGGCUGCAUCAGGCGAGCUGUGAGACCCGGGCGGUGCGGGACCUGGGGUGUCUGCAUACUUGCAGAGUUUCAGGGAGAAGCACAGAGACCCAGAGCUCCCUGGAGCCGGGACUGGGCACCUCAGCACAGAGUCACUGCAGCCUCUCAGUUAACAGCGCUCUUCCAGUUGAAGUUCCCCCAGGUCUUCAGGAAGGCCGACGGCUCAGCUCUGGUUCUGCUGUCCAGGAAAACUCAAGGCCGGCAACUCCUUCUCAAAGGGGUUUCCUGCAAAGAAAGGGAAAGUUCUCCAGGCCGGAGUUUGCCCUGCUGGCUGGAGAGGCCCCAGUGACCCUGCAUCUGCCUGGAUCCAUUGUGACCAAAAAAGGGAAAUCCUAUUUGGCUCUCAGAGACCUCUGCGUGGUGCUGCUGAGUGGGCAGUGCCUGGAGGUAAAAUGUGACAUCACAUCGACAGCAGGAGCCGUCUUCAAUGCUGUCGCAUCCUUUGCCAACCUUCGGGAGCUCACCUACUUUGGCUUGGCUUACAUGAAGGACAGAGAAUUCUUCUUUCUGGACGCUGAAACCAGGUUGUGCAAAAUAGCCCCUGAAGGCUGGAGUGAGCAGCCCCAGAAGAAUAGCUCCCUGAACACCUUCAAGCUCUUUCUGAGAAUAAAGUUCUUUGUCAGUCACUACGGGCUGCUUCAGCACAGCUGGACAAGGCAUCAGUUUUACCUGCAGCUUCGGAAAGACAUCCUGGAGGAGAAGCUGUACUGCAGUGAUGAGAUGCUGCUGCAGCUGGGGGUCUUCGCCUUGCAGGCUGAGUUUGGCAGUUACCCAGAGGAGCAGGUAGAGAGUAAAGCCUAUUUUCACGUUGAAGAUUACAUCCCUGCAAGUCUGAUUGAGAGGAUGACGGCUCUCCGAGUCCAGGUUGAAGUCUCAGAGAUGCACCGUCUGAGUCCUGUGCUGUGGGGAGAGGAUGCAGAGCUGGAGUUCUUGAGGGUCACUCAGCAGCUCCCAGAGUAUGGUGUGCUGGUUUACCAUGUUCUCCCAGAGAAGACAAAGCCAGAGGAGGAGAUGGCCUUGGGGAUCUGCGCCAAGGGUGUCAUAGUAUACGAAGUGAGAAACAACAGCAGAAUUGCAACUUUACGGUUUCAGUGGAGAGAAAUUGAAAAGAUUUUAGCUUAUCGAAAGAAGUUCAUGAUCACAAGCAGCAUCACUGGGAAAAAGCACACAUUUGUCACCGAUUCAGCCAAGACCUGUAAAUAUUUACUGGGCCUCUGCUGUGCCCAAUAUGGGUUUAAUGCUCAGAUGAACUCUCCUGGAGUUACAACCAACUAUGACAAGUAUGUGCAAAUGGCCAAUGUGAGUCUUGCACACCUGGCCCAGUCCAAGCCUCUCACUUGGGUACAGAGAUUGUCGUGCUCAGAAAAUGCGCUGUUUGUCCCCGGGCUGGAGGACGCCGCAGGAAGCCUGGGGCACACAUCACUGGAAAACUUCUCCACGGACACCAGCAAGGGGCCUGGGGUGCAAGGACUCAGAGGCAGCCCCUGCCUCGGCCGGGAGCAGCUGGAACGCCUCUGUCUGAUCCAGAAGCCAACGACUUGUGAUGCUCUCUCUGGGCUGCCUGUUCAGAGCAUGCGCAUGGGACCACAAAAUAAUAGAAGAAGAAGCUUUACAGCCGAACCAGAUCGAGAAAUUAUGCAUGUGACACUGACCCGGGAUCCACACCGUGGUUUUGGUUUUGUCAUUAAUGAGGGAGAAGAUGUAGGCAGAGCUGGUCCUGGCAUCUUCAUAUCUUCUAUUAUACCUGGGGGACCAGCUGAAAAAACUAAAAAGAUCAAACCAGGAGGGCAGAUAUUAGCCUUAAAUCUCAUCAGUCUGGAGGGCUUCACGUUUGACAUGGCUGUUAGAAUGAUUCAGAAUUCUCCUGACAACAUAGAAUUAAUCAUUUCUCAGCCAAAAGAUAUUUGUGGAAAUACCUCAAGCGAGGAGAAGAAUAGCACAGCCAAUUCUGGGGUCUUCUCUACAGACAGCCUGAGUACCGGGCACAGGGGAAGUUUUUCAUCACACACUCGAGACCAGGAGAGAAACACCGAAGAGCUGGGAAUGGCUCGGACUCCGAGCUUGAUGCCCAGGCUGAGGCCUCCACUGUCCACUCCACCACUGAAGGGUGCUGGGUCUUCUUGUCUUCCAUCACAUUCAGAAACCAAUGCCAGUGAAAUCUACUUUGUGGAGCUGGUUAAAGAAGAUGGGACACUUGGAUUCAGUGUGACUGGUGGCAUUAACACAAGUGUGCUCUGUGGAGGUAUCUACGUGAAAUCCAUCGUUCCGGGAGGGCCAGCUGCCAAGGAAGGGAGGAUUCUGCAGGGUGACCGGCUCUUGCAGGUGGACGGAGUGAGUCUGUGCGGCCUCACCCACAAGCAGGCUGUGCAGUGCCUCAAGGGCUCUGGGCAGGUUGCAAGACUGGUCUUAGAGAGAAGAGGCUUCAGAACUGCACAGCAGUGUCCUUCUGCUAAUGACAGGAUGGGAAAUGAACACACGGCUGUUUCCGUGGCAACAGUCUUGCCUGGAAGGCCCGUGAGCAGUGUCUCGGCGACAGAUGGUCCUAAGUUUGAAGUCAAACUAAAAAAGAACGCGGGAGGUUUGGGAUUCAGUUUUGUGCAGAUGGAGAGCGAGAGUGGCAGCCACCUUAAGAACGAUCUUGUGAGGAUCAAGCGUCUCUUUCCGGGGCAGCCCGCCGAGGAGAAUGGGGCCAUCGCAGCUGGUGACAUCAUCCUGGCCGUGAAUGGGAGGCCCACAGAAGGCCUGGACUUCCAGGAGGUGCUCAAUUUGCUGCGAGGGGCCUCACAGGAAGUCACACUCCUGCUUUGCCGGCCCCCGCCAGGUGCACUGCCUGAGAUGGACCAGGGCUGGCAGACACCCAUGCUGUCAGCAGACAAAGAAUUCACUAGGGCAACGUGCACUGACUCAGAGCAGAGCCCCAGCCUGGAUCAAGAGGACAGCCAGAGGGACAGUGCCUCCCCAGACCCAGGGGAAGGCCUGGGUCUCAGGCCAGAGUCUUUCCAACAGGCCCCCAGAGAGGCACGAUGGGACCAAGGCAUAGAGAGAUGCUGGGCCACUUCCUUGAUGCAUCCUCGGGAUUGCUACCCUCAUUUAUGCAGACUUCACCAAGAAAUGGAGGCAUCAACACUGGCUACCUCUUUGGAAAAGGACCUGAGGCAAAAUUCCUAUUCAGUUUGUGAUAUCAGGAGACUUGAAAGUGAUGGUGAGGAAGGUGACAUGUACUAUCCACCUGAAGCCCCUUCUCCCACCUUGGAGGAUGAAGUGUAUCUUACCAUCAAUUCUACAAUGGAAGACCAGCUACCCUGUGGAGAAUGUCUGGAGGCAGAUUCGGGGACCAUUCUCCUACCACAGUUCUGCUCUUGGGGUACUUUCUCAGAGUCUUUACCUCCGGAAGAAUCCUGUGAUAGCGAGGGCGAGUGGGAAGACCUCGAGGAGGCUGAGAACCCAGAUGAUGGCACCCUCAGGUGGGUAUCACUCUGUCUGGGUAGAAUGAGGCUGCACUGGGUUCUUCUAGCAGGGCUCAUUGUUUCCACUUUGGCUGAAUGACGGUCCAUGGGCAUCACCAUGUUCUCCUUGCAUCCUCUCUGGGGGUCACAUCUCAUUGUGGCACUUCUCAUGGUCCAUGUUCCAUGGCAACAACCCUAUGAAAUAGAGUUAUCAUCAUUCUCAUUUUACAGAUGACACAUUUGGGACUUUCCCAGGGUCAUUAGGGAGUAAGUGACAGUCAGAAUUCAACCCCAGGCCUCCCACUCCCUGGGUCCCCUGCUCGUGCCCUCCUCUGCUGCUUCCAACAGGUGGCACCAUCUCUCCCCAGGCAUCUCUUUCAGCGAGUUGCUAGUGCUGA